AUGGAGGCGCGGGGUCGCAAAGACAGCAUAUGCAGCGAGGAGACUGCGCGAGAUUUCGAUAACCGCAAGGCAAAUGACGAUAUCAAAGAACUAGCGAGAAAGUUAACUCGGCAAUCUUCCCAUGUAUCGACUUUGGAACCACAUAAUCCUUUUAUCAAUCCGGAAGGAGACUGUUCACUGGAUCCCUCCAGUCCACACUUCAACGCCAAAGCAUGGAUGAAGAAUCUGCUAGCAUUGCAAUCCCGCGAUCCUGAAAAAUAUCCCCGUCGGACUGCGGGGUUCGCUUUUAGAAACCUCAAUGUUCACGGGUUUGGAAAGCCCACAGACUAUCAGAAAGAUGUAGCCAACUCACUGUUGGAAGUUGGGAACAUAUUCCGAGCCAUUACGGGGACAGGAAAGCAUCGGAUUCAAAUCCUCCGUAAUUUUGCGGGUGUUGUUAAUGAUGGCGAGAUGCUCGUCGUCUUGGGCAGACCAGGAAGUGGAUGUUCAACAUUCCUGAAAACAAUUGCGGGUGAGAUGAAUGGCAUCUAUUUGGGUGAUGACUCUUACAUUAACUACCAAGGAAUUCCUGUGAAGCAAAUGCACAACCAGUUUCGUGGGGAAGCUAUCUAUACAGCAGAGACCGACGUUCACUUUCCUCAACUAACUGUUGGGGAAACCCUUACAUUUGCGGCCUGCGCAAGAGCUCCAUCUAAUCGAAUCCCUGGCGUGACCCGUGAGCAAUAUGCCAAUCACAUGCGCGAUGUGGUCAUGGCAUCGUUCGGUCUCAGUCACACAAUUAAUACUAAUGUCGGAAACGAUUUGAUUCGAGGUAUCAGUGGUGGAGAGCGAAAACGUGUCAGCAUCGCGGAAGCUGCUCUCAGUCAGGCACCCCUGCAAUGUUGGGAUAACAGUACUCGUGGAUUGGACUCCGCAAACGCUUUGGAAUUUUGCAAAACGCUCCGUCUGUCCACAGACUAUAUGGGAGCCACGGCCUGCGUUGCAAUCUACCAGGCCUCUCAGAGUGCUUAUGACUAUUUCGACAAGGUUACUGUGCUUUAUGAAGGUCGUCAAAUAUACUUCGGACGGACAGAUGAAGCAAAAAAAUUCUUCGUUGAUAUGGGAUUUUUCUGCCUAGAGAGGCAGACAGACGCAGAUUUCUUAACUUCUUUGACUAGCCCUGUUGAACAUGUCAUCAGGCCGGGCUUCGAAGGGAAGACUCCCAGAACCCCCGCUGAGUUCGAGACAGCAUGGAAAAGCAGCGCAGCAUACGCUAAGCUUAUGCAGGACAUUGAUGAAUACGAUGCCCGAUACCCAGUUGGAGGGGAAUCUGUGAACAAAUUUAUCGAGUCCCGCAAAGCCCAACAAGCAAAGACCCAGCGAGUGAAAUCCCCCUACACUCUAUCCGUGAGGCAGCAGAUUAAACUUUGCGUGCACCGCGGUUUCCAACGCCUGCACCGUGACAUGUCGCUGUCCUUAUCUGCCCUGAUUGGUAAUUUCAUAAUGGCUUUAAUUCUCGGGAGUCUCUUCUAUAAUCUAAAUGAAACAACUGAGAGUUUCUACCGCCGUGGGGCUCUCCUCUUCUUCGCUGUCUUGAUGAGCGCUUUUGCUUCCUCUCUUGAGAUUCUUACAUUGUACGCGCAACGUCCCAUUGUCGAGAAGCAUUCCAGAUAUGCCCUCUACCAUCCUUUCGCGGAAGCAAUUGCCUCCAUGCUUUGCGACUUGCCAUACAAGCUGCUCAACUCCAUAACGUUCAAUUUGACAAUUUACUUCCUGUCUAACCUUCGUCGAACACCCAAGGCUUAUUUCAUAUUUUGGCUUUUCAGCCUUGUCACGACCUUGACCAUGUCUAUGAUUUUCCGCACCAUUGCUUCUUAUUCCCGAACAUUGGCCCAGGCAUUGGCGCCCGCCGCAGUUAUCAUUCUUGGUUUUGUUAUCUACACCGGUUUCGCUAUUCCUACCCGAACCAUGUUGGGCUGGUCCCGGUGGAUGAACUAUAUCAACCCUGUUGGUUAUGCUUUUGAGUCUCUCAUGGUGAAUGAGUUCCACAACCGACAAUUCCAGUGUGCGGGACUUAUUCCCUUUGGUGAACAAUAUGAACAUUAUCCUCUUGAAAAUAAAGUCUGCGGGACUGUUGGGUCAAUUGCUGGCUCGACUCAAGUUGAUGGUGACCUGUACCUCCGUCUAAGCUUUGAAUACGAAUACAGCCAUUUAUGGAGAAAUCUUGGUUUUCUCUUCGUAUUUAUGGCAUUCUUUAUGUUCACAUACCUACUCGGCACCGAGUAUAUUUCUGAGGCCAAAUCAAAGGGUGAAGUCCUACUCUUCCGCAAAGGUCAUAAAGCGAUAAAACGUAAAUCUGCAGAUAUCGAAGCUUCCAUUCCACCAACUGCGGGAGAAAAGUCGAGCGGAUCCAGUUCCCAAGGCGUUUCGGCUUCGAUCCAAAAACAAACUUCUGUUUUUCAAUGGAAAGAUGUGUGCUAUGACAUCAAGAUCAAGAAGGAGGAAAGGCGCAUCCUUGACCAUGUUGACGGAUGGGUAAAACCUGGAACAUGUACCGCACUCAUGGGUGUCUCUGGCGCCGGGAAAACGACUCUGCUCGAUGUCCUCGCCACUCGUGUCACCAUGGGUGUAGUCAGUGGUGAAAUGCUUGUCGAUGGCCAACCUCGGGAUACGUCAUUCCAGCGUAAAACGGGAUAUAUCAUGCAACAAGAUCUCCAUUCGUCGACAACGACUGUGCGAGAGGCAUUAAACUUUAGUGCAAUACUGAGACAACCUGCAAGUAUACCGCGUGCCGAGAAAAUUGCAUAUGUGGAUGAAGUCAUUAAGUUGCUUGAGAUGGAGGACUACGCUGACGCCGUUGUUGGUGUUCCUGGUGAAGGUCUAAACGUUGAACAACGCAAGCGACUGACUAUUGGCGUUGAACUUGCGGCGAAACCACAGCUUCUUCUGUUCCUUGACGAGCCAACAUCGGGUCUUGACAGCCAAACAUCUUGGUCAAUCUUAAAUCUCAUCGACACACUUACCAAACAUGGCCAAGCAAUUCUCUGUACCAUCCAUCAACCAUCAGCAAUGCUUUUCCAACGAUUUGAUCGCCUACUCUUCCUUGCCAGUGGUGGAAAGACGGUUUACUUUGGUGAUGUCGGCGAUCGAGCUUCAAUUUUGUCAAGCUAUUUCGAAAGGAAUGGGGCUCCUAAAUUGCCAGCAGAUGCAAAUCCUGCAGAGUGGAUGUUGGAAGUCAUUGGUGCAGCCCCUGGAUCCACAACUGAAAUCGACUGGCCCGAGGUUUGGCGCAAUAGCCCUGAAAUAACUGCAGUACAUGCCCAUCUCGACGAGCUCAAAGCUUCUCUCUCUGAGAAAGGUCAGAACCAGGAGACGAAUAAAAAUCCCGAAGAUUAUCAUGAAUUUGCUGCACCCUUCAGUGUCCAGCUCUGGGAGUGCCUAGCCCGAAUCUUUUCUCAGUACUGGCGCUCACCGACAUAUAUCUACUCCAAAACAGUGUUAUGUGCCCUUUCUGCGCUCUUCAUCGGCUUUUCAUUCUUUAAGGCAGGAACUAGUCUCCAGGGCCUUCAGAAUCAAAUGUUCGCUGUUUUCAUGUUGAUGACUAUAUUCGGUAAUCUGUGUCAGCAGAUCAUGCCGAACUUCGCCGCCGCGCGUGCCUUGUACGAGGCUCGCGAGCGUCCUUCCAAAUCAUACUCCUGGAAAGCUUUCAUGAUGGCAAAUAUCAUCGUCGAGCUUCCGUGGAACGCCCUUAUGGCCGUAAUCAUUUUCGUAUGCUGGUAUUACCCCAUCGGAUUGCACAAGAAUGCUGUCUCUCAACACCAAGUCUCGGAGCGUGGCGCUCUCAUGUUCCUGUUAAUUCUCACUUUUAUGCUCUUCGCCUCCACAUUUUCCCACAUGAUGAUCGCGGGCAUCGAAGUCGCUGAAACCGGCGCAAACCUUGCCAACCUGCUUUUCAUGCUCUGCUUGAUUUUCUGCGGUGUUCUUGCAACCAAGGAUGCCAUGCCGCGCUUCUGGGUUUUCCUCUACUACGUCUCGCCCUUCUCGUACCUCGUUUCUGCCAUGAUGUCUACCGGUCUAUCCGGUAAUGACAUUGUCUGCGAUCCUGUAGAGCUUCUACACUUUAACCCCAUCGCUAACCAGACUUGUGAACAAUAUCUUGCUCCCUUCAGAGAGACGUACACCCCCAAGGGAUACCUUGUGAACCCUUCUGCAACUGAGGACUGCGGUUUCUGCUCUUCAGCGAAGACGGAUUCUUUCCUUCUGAGUAUUGGUAGUGAUUACAAUGACGCAUGGCGGAAUUUCGGACUGAUGUGGGUGUAUAUUGUGUUUAAUGUUGUUGCAGGUGUGUUUAUCUACUGGCUUGUACGUGUGCCGAAAGGUGCGAAGGCAAAGGGUCCCGCUGCUUGA